AUGACCAUCAUCGGUGCUGGCUUUGAUGACCAGUCCUUUAGCAGUGACGACAGUAAUUACCACCACAUUGCCACAGACACAGAGACUGUCACAGUCAAAGGCUUGUACUUUCAAAGUGCUCAGCUGGUCCGGGAUCCAGAGGCAUUGUGCCUCGAUCCUUCCCAACAUGCCCUCAUUAACGUGGGGGGCAUCCGGUACACCUUCCCCUGGAGCACCCUGGAGGAUGUCCCACAGAGCCGUCUGAGUCGUCUGCGCUUCUGCACCACUCUGAAGGAGAUAGCAGAGUUUUGUGAUGACUAUGACGAGGUGCAACAUGAAUUUUUCUUUGAUCGUGACCCUUUAGUCUUUCGGGCCAUCUUCAACUUCCUGGCAAAAGGGAAGUUGCGUCUGCUGCAUGAGAUCUGCAAUGUGGCCCUGCACGGUGAGCUACUGUACUGGGGCAUUGAUGUACAACUGAUGGAGCCCUGCUGCCGCCAUCGCAUGAUAUCCUCUGUGGAGGAAGUGGCCAAGCACCAGCUCAAGGAGGAUGCGUGGCUUCAGAAAAGGAGGGCACUGAGGGCCCCCAGGAUACAAGGCAGCCUGUUCUACAUGCUGGGAGAAGUAGUGGAGAACCCUCAUUCAGGUUUAGCAGGCAAAGUGUUUGCCUUCCUGUCUAUGAAUAUGGUGGUGGUCACUGUAGUCAGCCUGUGCUUCAGCACCAUGUCAGACCAAAUGGAAGAAGCCACGGGUAAAUGCUCCCAAAAGUGUCGCAACAUGUUCAUAGUGGAGUCUGUUUGUGUCGCUUGGUUCUCCUUAGAGUUUCUGGUGAGAUUUUUUCAUGCGCGGAGCAAGCUGGAGUUUUCCCGUAGCCCUCUGAACAUCAUUGAUGCUGCUGCCAUCUUGCCCUACUACAUCUCACUGCUUCUGGAGCUCAGGGAUGAGUCUGUACACAAUGUGGUGGCCGGUGCAGGAAAGAGCAGCCUAGAUAAAUUGGGUCUAAUCCUGCGUGUGAUGAGGGCCCUGCGUGUCCUGUAUGUGAUGAGGCUGGCCCGUCACUCUGUGGGUCUGCAGACCCUGGGGCUGACUAUCCAGCGGAGUAUGACAGACUUCAGCCUGUUGCUCCUUUUCAUUUGUGUAGCUGUGACUCUCUUCUCCCCGCUGGUAUAUUUUGCUGAGAGUGAGCUGGCUCCGAAUGCUGCGAGAUUUCCCCAGCUCAGCUUCAGCAGCAUCCCAGCGUCAUACUGGUGGUCCAUCAUCUCUGUAAGCACGGUGGGGUACGGAGACAUGGUGCCCCACAGCAUCCCCGGCCAACUAGUGGCACUGAUCAGCAUCUUAUCAGGGAUCCUCAUUCUGUCCUUCCCUUCUACCUCUAUCUUUCACACGUUCCAUCACACCUACAACGAGCUCAAGGAGGAGCACAGGAGGCUGUGGAAAGAAGAGAGGGGGGCUGAGCUCGCCACCAAGGCUAAAGAAAAAAUGAAAGAAAGAGAAACUUGGCCUGAUAACUGGCCAGAAACUGAUUUCUUACCUGGUCUACAUGAUCCUCAUUACCUUUUCAUGGAAGAUGUUACAGAGCUGUCUCAGAACAACAGUCAUCAGCCUCUUUUUUCUUCUGCUACUUAG